AUGAGAGGAGUUAACAGUGGGGAGGUGGAAAUUAAAGAGACAGAAGAACCGAUAAACGGGUCUGCGCCGCCUCUCUCUUUUCUUUCUCGUGGCUGCGCUGCUGCAGCAGACACGGGAAGUUCUGCUGCUGCUGCUGCUGCUGCUGCUGUUGCUGGCGAGCAUGAGGCUGAGCCUGCACCACCAGUAGCAGGACCAGGACCAGCAGCAGCAGCAGCAGCAGGAGUAGCAGCAGCAGCAGCAGCAGGAGUAGCAGGAGCAGGAGCAGGAGCAGGAGCAGGAGCAGCAGGAGCAGCAGCAAUGUGUGAGGGUUGUACAGACGAGGAAGUUCUUCUGGAUCUGCACCUUUUACCGGGUCGCAGCAAACGCCGCAAAUCUUUUUUUCUUAAUUCUACUCUUUGGGAUAUCAAACAAAUUGUUGAAAAAGACCUCCGCAUACCCGCACUCGUCGUAGCAAUUGUACCCCUCUCUCCUCCACAUCAAAAUGACGCUCACAGCCCCCAAUCAGGGGGCCCCCAAUCAGAAGGCCCCUACUUAGGGGGCCCCCUCGUAGGGGGCCCCCACUCAGAGGGCCUCUUAGGGGGCCCCUUAGGGGGCCCCCCAAGAAGUUCUCAAGGGGGUCCCCCAGGGGGGCCCCAGGGGGGCCCCCCAAGUGUCCCCCCACGGGGCCCCCCAGGGGGCCCCUCUGGGGGUUUUUUAGGGGGGCCCCCUUGCCGUCUCCCGUGGAGCAGUAGUUUGAAUUCUUUAGGGUUUGGUUGCAGUGGAGGUAAAGCAGAGGCCCUUGCGGUGUAUCUGCACAGACCCGCUAAUGCAGAUGCAGAAACAGCGCUGCCUACCCUGGAGUCUCUAGGCUACCCUGAAUUCCUCGCAGAUGCUACCGCCGGUGUGGGGUUUGUAAUGCGCGGGAAGUGCAGCGCAGCAACACAGACAUUUACUACUUCUUCUGUUUCUUGUCAAAGUUCUCGAGAGGCAUCCGGGUGUACAGAGACGAGAGGCGUUUAUAGUAUAUGCAUAGAGAGCAAAAUACUCAGUGCAGGAAAAUAUAUAUCUGCAGAAGAAUGCGACAAAAAGAGAGAAGCUGCUGCUGUUGUGCUGCAGCAGCACGUAAGGGGCUGGAUAGCUAGACGCGAAGCAGCGCGCAGAAGACAGCAGCGAGACUCAGAGCAGCAGCAACAGCAGCAGCAGCAGCAACGCAAACUCUGGGAAGCAGCUGUUCGCAAGAAAAGACAGCAGCAAAGAGGCGGAAGCCCCACAACUUCAACCGACUUUGCUCUGCUGCAUGCAGAAGCAGCAGCAUGGCGUUCUAUGCAAGAAAAAAAGAUAUGUGCUUGGGUUUCUGCUUGUACUUCGUCUGUCUGCUCGCAGCAGCAGCAGCAGCAGCAGCUGCAGCUGCAGCUGCAGUUGCUGCAGCAGCAGCUGCUGCCGCAGCAACUCCUCCCCCCACCGCAGCAGCACAAACAAACAACCAAACUCCACGCAGAGAAGCAGAAGAGGGAGGCGUUGCUGCUGCUGCUGCAGCAAGAGACCCAGCUGCUGCAGAGGAUAGAGGGUCUCAGGCAGCAGGCGAAGCAACAACGGAAGCAGCAGCAGCAGCAGCUGCUGCUGUGCAAGAUGGGGGAGCCCCUUAUAUGGGUACAGUCGAGCGGCGAGACAGCAACUGUACAUACACCUGAAACAGAGGCUGCAUGCACUUUGCAUGCACUCUAUCAGCGCUUAACUACAGGGCCCCUUGAGGCCCCUGAACGUCUGGAGGUGUUAGCAGCAGCAGCAGCAGCAGUGGGGCCCCACGAGGGCCCUCUUGCUGCUGAGAUGUUGGAGUUGCUGCAGCGGGAACAGACGCUGCUGCAGCGAGGCCGCAGCAACAAACUGCUGCUCUCAGGGUUAAGACAGCGGAUUAAUACUCUGUUUGGCGAGCUUCUUCUCUCGCCCUCCUUCAACCCCAGAGCCCAAUGCCUACCCCCUACUCCCUUCUUAUCUUGGUAA